AUGGCAAGCCUGUCUUCGCAAAUCUCUCAACAGAGGCUUCUCGAGGAACUGCAUUCCAAGGGAAUACCGAAUGGACUUGAGGAGGCCUAUUCACGUGUUCUCUCAGUGGCUCUUGAUCAAGUUUCGCGCGAUGAAGCUCUUCAACUUUUGUCAUGGCUUGUCUGUGCUAAGCGUCAAUUAAAAUGGCGCGAAGUUCAAGGGGCAGUUGCAAUCGACCUCGAGCGUAUGUCGGUGGACUUCCAACAUCGUCAGUGGGUCCUUGACUCGAAAGAUCUCUGUGGAUCACUUAUACACUUACGAUCUGAUGGCUCUCUUGAGCUGGUCCAUACAACUGCCAGACUGUGA